AAACCAUCCUGAUGUUCACAAAUACAGUGUGGAGACUGUUCAGUGGUAUCCUCACGACACUGGCAUGUUCACAUCCAGCUCAUUUGAUAAAACUCUGAAAGUGUGGGAUACAAAUACAUUACAAACUGCAGAUGUAUUUACUUUUGAAGAAACAGUUUAUAGCCAUCAUAUGUCUCCAGUCUCCACCAAGCACUGUUUGGUAGCAGGUUCGUUCGGCACUAAAGGACCCAAAGUACAACUUUGUGACUUAAAGUCUGGAUCCUGCUCUCACAUUUUACAGGGUCACAGACAAGAAAUAUUGGCAGUUUCCUGGUCACCACGUCAUGACUAUAUCUUGGCAACUGCAAGUGCUGACAGUAGAGUGAAAUUAUGGGAUGUGAGAAGAGCAUCAGGAUGCUUGAUUACUCUUGAUCAGCAUAAUGGGAAAAAGUCACAAGCUGUUGAAUCAGCAAACACUGCUCAUAAUGGGAAAGUUAAUGGCUUAUGUUACACAAGCGAUGGACUUCACCUCCUCACUGUAGGUACAGAUAAUCGAAUGAGGCUCUGGAAUAGUUCCAAUGGAGAAAACACCCUAGUGAACUAUGGAAAAGUUUGUAAUGAUAGCAGAAAAGGAUUAAAAUUCACUGUCUCCUGUGGCUGCAGUUCAGAAUUUGUUUUCGUACCAUAUGGAAGUACCAUUGCUAUUUAUACAGUUUACUCAGGAGAACUGAUAACUAUGCUUAAGGGACAUUAUAAAAGUGUUGACUGCUGUGUAUUUCAGUCUAAUUUCCAGGAACUCUACAGCGGUGGCCGAGACAGCAGCAUCCUUGCUUGGGUUCCACCAUCAUAUGAGCCAGUGCCUGAUGAUGAUGAGCCUACAACCAAAUCACAGUUGAAUCGAGCAUUUGAAGAUGCCUGGAGCAGCAGUGAUGAGGAAGGAUGAAUAUCGGCCUGUGUCUCUAUUGAUGCUGCUUUUAAAACAGCAUUGUUUUGUGGAAUUUUUUUAACUGUUUAGUUUAUUCCUGACAAGUAAAUUAUCCCUGAGUUUUGGUGAUACUCCCACAAUGUUUUAAGAUGAAAUUAAUAUUUUUAUAAAAUAUUCUAAAAUAGGCUUCUAUAUAGUGUAUUUAAUCAAAACUUGUCUUAUUGAUCUUAGUUGCUAUGG